AUGCCGGGACAUGCGACGGCGUUGCGUCAGCUCCCCGCGAGCUUAGGUCGACUACUGCGGAGGCCCUUUCAGAAAAGGUUUCAGCCAUCAAGCAAGCGCGAGGUCGAUGUGGACAUACCCUACCUGAAGUGGGAGACGUUCGAUCAAGACACAUCCGGAGACGAGGAGACUGGUCAUGAGAGCCCGGCCGGGGACAUUGCCAACAAUUUGUUAGACGCGAUAACGCGCCACAUGGUCCCCGACAGUAUCGCUCUAGUGCUAAUGAUACGGGCCCUGGGGGAACUGUCUCAAAAGAAUGGUAGAUACGAAAUGGCCGAAUCGCUCCUCCGGACGGCACAGCAUGAACUCGAUCACAUAGCCGGGGGGUUGCAUGAGGAUACGCUCGACACGAUAUCUUCCCUCGCAAUAGUCCUUGCCCACCAAGGAGCCCACCGGGGCAAGUUCAAAGAGGCCGGGAAGCUGGCUCGAAAGGCUAUUCGGGGAUACUCGAAAUUGAAGGGACCCAGGAACGCUGCCACGAUGCGCCUCCUCAAGGAGAUAUCUCGCGUCUACACUGCACGAAGCCGUCAACUAUUGCAACACGAUCCUGCCCCUGGCUCCGCGGAGAGAAAACUGGUGAUCAGCUACACGAAGGUGUACAUCUCUAUAUGCCAGGAGCUCUCGAUGGCAGAAGUGUCGGUGAUGCUGGGGGGUCUGGGCAGAGUGCUAGCUUGGGCUGGCAAUACCGAAAAUGCGACCAUCGCAUUUCAAUGGAAGUAUGUCUCUGCCGUCUCCAGCCCCCACAGCUGGAAUGCGUGCAACAUGUGUGCACAGAAGAUUUCCUCGUUGCCGCUGCACAUUUGUCUCGACUUCCUGGACGUUGAAGUGUGCUCGACGUGCUACGCAUCGUUCUAUGCCCGAAGGCGUACCAACUUCCUCGGCACCGUUGCCCAUGGCUCAGCCUAUAAAUUCCUCAAGGUUGAGUCACGAGAGCCUUCAGAACCGGGGAAAUCAGAUAUCGCAAAAGAAUUCAACGUCUGGCUUCGAUAUGCUGCAACAGCAAUUCAGCGGACCGGGACUCAGCCGCCGCUGAAACCAUUCUCCAUUGGAACCGAGGAUGAUAUGGAUGAAAAAGCCUACAUAUUGUACUUGCAGAGACACAAAGCAACCUUGGAGAUUCAGCUUGCCGAGUUAACUAGCAGGUCUGAAAGUGGGAGUUGGAAGUAUAGCCCAGAGACUUUGUCCAAUCAACACCUGGAGUCACCGAUUGCAGAACAAGCCGCAACGAUGAUCGCUGAAGCCCAGCAUGCCGAGGGCUCGAGCUCUCUGACGAGCCGCUGCUCAAAAGGCUACUCUGUACCUCCUGGCUCAAUCUACGAGGCACUCCCAUUAAAUGGCGCCGAUUCACUUAUACGGUUACUAGAGCUACUUCCGGGGGACACUGCCGAUCCUCUGGUGUGCAACUUGGUUGUCAAGGACCAAUCCGAAUCUCCGGUAUAUGAAGCUGUGUCAUGGACUUGGGGCAAGCCCUCGGUCAAACCGACCCAGGUCGUCCAGGUGAACAGUAUAAAUGUGCACAUUAGACCAAAUCUUCACGCGUGCUUGCUCGCUUUCCGGCAUCGCAACGACUCACGGAUGCUAUGGGUCGACGCAAUAUGCAUCAACCAGGACGACGACCAAGAGAAGAGCGAUCAGGUAGCCAGGAUGAGCAGUAUAUACCAUUUCGCGUCAGGGGUGCUAAUCUACCUGGGGGAAGCCAGCGAAGCCGAGGCGGCGCUCUUCAAAUACUUCAACAGGGAGAACCGGGAGGAACCCUUUGAAACUAGUCUCGAGAGACUGGGCAUGACGGAACAGGAUCUGUUCGAAGCACACACAUCGCUCUAUGGCAGAGAAUGGUGGAGCAGAAUCUGGAUCCAACAAGAGUUCGCUCUGCCGCAGGCGGACCCGACAUUCUACCUUGGCAGAGUCUGCACAAAGGCAAGUUAUCUAUCUGAUGAUGAAUGCAACUCGUUCGCCACCAAGUUUGGAGCGAUGGAAGUCGAUAAGGCUUGGCGUGAUCGCAGGAGCUCCCAUCCGGGGUACAUUGAACCCCUGAAGCAAAUGAUCGGAAUCCUAUCCCUGCGACAAAUGUUGCAUGAUCCUCCUAAAAGCCUUAGCGAGCUAUUUUCCGACACGAAACUGUCCGAAUGCUCCGACUCGCGGGACCUCAUCUUCGGCCGCUAUAUCUUCAUGAGAACGCCAAUGCGAGAAGUUUUCAGGCCAGACUAUUCCCUCACCACCGAGUCCCUCUUCGAGAAGGCGGCUAUUUGGCUUCUCAAGUUCGAGAUUGGCAUGAAACUAUUCUGGCUCUAUCCAAAUAGGCUAUCACCCGAGUCACCCUCAUGGGUGCCCAACUUUUCGAAAGGUGCCACCAACUUCGACUUGACGCCUUCGGCCACGGACAAAUGGGAAUGUGUGGGUGGCGUGUCUCUGCUUCACUCCGCCCGGCAGUUCUUGUUGCUGGAGGCUAUCCUGCCCGCAAUUGUGCAACAGGACAUCCCUCAGCGUCGUCACCCCCUCUCAGAAGCUUUGCCUGGCUUAAAAGCCAAGUCCGAGCUGAGGCACUGGACCUGGAGCAUGGACAGGCCGAUUCAUCGCGUAGCGCUACAAGGCGCCAUUAACAUGAUCUUCGAUUCGACUGAGGUUGCUUUUCAGAGGCUUGUGAGCCUUCGCAACCGGGAACCUCCUUGGGAAGUUGGAUCUAGCACCCCGUCCAGGCUUCGUCCAGAAACACUCGCAGUUGUUACACGAUUCCACGAAUUGCAGGCGUCUCUUGUGAAGGCACCGGCUGAUCUUUUCUGGCCUUCCUUGUGCGACUUCAAGAAUCUGAUUGCACAGAUUCAACACCUGAGAACCCCAAAAAGAGCACCUUCGCCCUUUUACGAGGCAAGCCGGAACAUCACAGAUGCGUUCAACUGGAUGAUUCUGGAUGCGCAGGUCCCUGACCCGUUUUCGCCAGUUACCGUUGACGACGACGAUGCGAAGCAAAUUCCUUCUUCCUCAAACCCCAGAUACGAAGGACUCCAGGCCCUAAUUGCCGACUGCAAAUUUGAAGAGGAGGUCCGUUUUCGAGUAAAGGCCGUAUUACAUAUUGCCCAGCAGUUCAGAUCGUCGGUCGGCGCGGACGGAGAAUGGACAGGCCCUAGAGAUACGCCCUCGGACAAGAGUCCGGAUCAACAGAAGCCAGGGGACAAAGAUCUAUUUUUUUUCAACCGAGCGAGCCAAAUUCCCUUGCAAACCAUUUUCUUCACGAAGCAGAGGCUUACUGGUGUUGGGAGAGUGGGUGUCACUGAUAUCAGGGUUGGGGAUCAAGUGGUCAUGCUUGAGGAUGUGGUGUUUCCGAUGGUGAUCAGACCUAUUGAUGCAGAGUUUCACGAGAUUGUGGGUUACGCCGUGAUAAAUGGGUUGGAUUGCCAGGCUUUUCAUGAUCUCAAGCAAGACGAGAAACCACCAAAGAGGGUGUUCAAGUUGAAAUAGCUGGUGCGGGACUACUUAUGUUUGUUUUCUUCUACUUGUAUCUUCUAUUUUCUAACCUAUCACCCAGUUGAGAAUGCAUGAUUUUCGUUGUUUCCUUAUUAGAGCUGUCACAUUCAGGAAGUAGCCCAUU